GUCGGGGGGCGGUAGUGAGAGCCCUUCCGCCUGUGAACACACGAAGUACCAGUGUUGCUGUUUGUUCCGCGGGAAACGUCAACGUGCGUCUGAAAACACUACAAAAAAGUGAUUUACGCCCUUUAAACUCACUCGACUACGCUUUCCAUGCGACAGCCCGACACGGAAUAACAAGCCCAAUAUAUCUAAACAUACAAGCGGGUUUGGGACAUUUUCGAAAAGGUUUAAAAGCGCUAUUUGAGGCAUUGGAGCUAAGUGCUAAUGCUAACCGCACAGAGAAGUGAACAGGUGUCGUUAUAAAGCGCUUAAACUUCGCAUACAUUCGGUGGUUCUUGGACUGUGGAGAAAAAAAAACCCAUUCAAUUACCGGUAUUUUGCCUGAGUUUUGGGGGGGUUUGUGGUAAAAUGGAGGUGACUUUGGUGCCGUUUGGAAGCAGGAGCGCAAAUGUGUCAAUGGAGAAGUCCGACGAAGACUCCGAUGAAGAGACGUUGCCUCUAAACCAGUUCUACCCUUACAUUCGCUGCGGCCUCUGCUGCGGUUUUCUCAUCGAUGCCACCACCAUCACAGAAUGUCUACACACCUUUUGCAAAAGUUGCAUUGUGAAGCACUUUUUCUACAGUAACAGAUGUCCCACCUGCACCGUCGUCGUUCAUCAAACUCAACCUCACUAUAACAUCAGGCCUGACAGACAGCUGCAGGAUAUUGUUUACAAAAUGGUCCCUUUUCUGGAAGAGUUGGAGAGAAACCAAAUGUGUCAGUUUUACAAAGAAAGAGGUCUGGAGGUGCCAAAGCAAGUCACAGCAUUCUCAUCUCCUCCGGGUCAUGUUGUGGUGAAGAAGAAAAAAGACGCUCCUCCUCAGGCAGUUUUCACAAUGCCUCCAGAGCUUGAUGUGUCGCUCAUGCUCGAGUUUGUUGGAGCUGAGGAGGGAGUGCAGCACUAUAAGCCAUUGGAGCGUCGUUUUGUGCGAGUUUCCGGAGAGGCCACAAUCCGCCAUGUUGAACUGUUUAUCAGGAAGAAGAUGGAGCUGAGCCCGAGCUGCCAGGUGGAUGUAGUUUGUGGAGAUCAUCUUUUGGACCAUUUCCAGUCACUCAAAGAAAUUCAGAACUCAGUGGGAGAAGAUGCUCUGCAGGAUGGACUGUUGGUGCUUCACUUUGGCCUGGUUCUGCCCUCUCCCCAGUGAGCUGGAAAAUACAAACUUCUGCACAAAAAACAAGGGUUAAACUUACCUCUAGAAUAUGGCUUCAUCAGGGCUAAUAUUGUACGUAUAAUGUAUAAAAACAUUUUUGUUUUUCCAAAUGGCAUUACUUUUGAACAAUAUUAUUUUUCAUAUACACUGUUGAAUUAACACUGACACAAAAACAUGUCUAAUUUCUAAAAGAAGAGGGUAUAGACCUUUACAAAAAACACCAAAUUUUAAUUUCCUCUGGUAAUUAAAUCUUUGUUUCACAAUAUUUGAAAACAGAAAACAAUCUUUAAAAGCGUAUUGGGAACAUAAACGGAAAUGUUGCUGCUAUAACCAGCUCUAAUCUAUGAUCUUUUUCCCAUAGAUUAAGAAUGGUUAACCACAACUUAACCAAUAAUUUAGUCAAAUCCUGGUUAAAGAGGGGGUUUUAUGCAAAGUCCAUUGCAUCUACUUCUUACAAUACUGCACAAUGCAAAUUUUGGACUGUUGUAAUAUUUUUGUGUUUUAUUUUAAAGUUGCACUGUGUAACUUUUCUGGUGGAAAAGCCAUCUUUCGAUGGAGAUACCUGGAUUUUCCACUGUAUGUAAAAAAAAAAAAAAAAGAAGUAAACUUCCACUAUCUCCAUGGACACAGUUACAGGUCAGAUCUGUGGAAAGGUGACUCUGCUCACUUUAGGAAUGCUUGUUUUUCAGUGUAUUUUGAGGAAUAAAGUCACUGCUAAUUGAAUAAAUGCAAGAUCCAUAACUAUACAGUGGAACAUUCAGGCAAAGAAAUAACAUCUCCAUAGAGACAAGCAGGUGGCAGACCCCUCAACCAAAAAGUUACAUGGUGCCCCUUUAAUGUUGAUUGAGAUACACAUUCUGAAAGCCUUUAAGACUUUAAAUACUUUAAAUUAACUACUUACAUAUUUUUUCCACUGUAUUUUUUAUUUUCUGUACAUAAGAAAUGGUUUGUCUUCUACAGAUUUCCUUAUUUAUAUUGUUUUGUUAUAUUUGAACAUUUUUAGUGUCUUUCAGGGUGUCAAACUAAAGGGCUGUUUUUGAGAUUUGUAAAAAAGCUGCUAACAUUUAUACGAUUUGUUCUGAUUUAUUUUUUUAAUUCUCCAGGCAACUGGAGUAUUCAUAAAUCUUAAACUGGCAUUUUAAGAAAAUAAAUGUGUUGUGUUU